CCUUUUUUAUUUUAUUUUUUAUUCUCUCUCACACAUACACACAACACAUAUUUUCAAUUUAGACGCACGCUUUGGCUUCAACCAAUCGUGCCUCACCACCGUCUCUCUUCCUAAAAAAUCUCUCUCUUUUAAUUAAUUUCGUCUCAGAAUUUUCUUCGUUUCUUCAAAACGACGUCGCUUAAGUCAAUGAUUACCUCCUCCAAUAUUUUCGAUUCACUACGCAAUUCGUUAGUCUAGGGUUUUGAUACGAGCUCAAAAUUCACCAUGGAUGGUGGUAAUUCCAGCUCAGGCAUGUCCCCACCAUGUGUACAACAACCACAUAAUAGUCAAAGGUUAGAAAGUAGUGCUGCAACAUCGGAACAGUGCAGUUCCGUACAUUAUAUGAACGAUUCUCAGCUGGUCCCAGUUCCCUAUACGGUCGCCGGAGGUUCUCCGACUACGGUCGCCGGACUUGAUAAGCGGAAACGAGGUCGGCCGCCACGUCAGCAGGCGGCGAAACCUCCACCUCCGGCUAAGAAACCGCGAGAAGAAGAUGAAGAUGUUUGCUUUAUAUGUUUUGAUGGUGGUUCUCUUGUACUUUGCGAUCGCAAGGGGUGUCCAAAGGCAUACCAUCCAGCUUGUAUUAAGCGGGAUGAGUCAUUUUUUCGCUCCAAGGCUAAAUGGAACUGCGGUUGGCAUAUUUGUAGUGUGUGUCAAAGAGCUUCCCACUACCUGUGCUAUACUUGUACAUAUUCAUUGUGCAAGGCAUGUACAAAAAAUGCUGAUUACUUGUGUGUUAGAGGAAACAAAGGCUUUUGCUCUACGUGCAUGAGAACUAUCAUGCUGAUUGAGAACAAAGACCAAGCAAAUAAGGAAAUGGUAGAUUUUGAUGACAAAAGCAGCUGGGAGUAUCUCUUCAAGGUGUAUUGGGUGAUCCUAAAGGAAAAGCUAUCGUUAACACUUGAUGAACUUGUUCAAGCUAAAAAUCCAUGGAAAGAAUCAGUUGCAGUACAUGGUAAGCGGCCGCUACUGCCUUAUGGUCAUUAUGUUGCAAAUGAUGGCAAAGGUGUUGCAGGCAAGUCAUUUGACCAUUUAGAGCAGAAGAGACCCAUAGAACUGUUAGAGCUAUCUAAAAAGGAUCCUCCAACCACUGAAAGCAGAACAAUUGCAGAGUCUAAUAAUGCGAGCAUUCUCAGUUCUACUCCUCAGUCAGAGCUAACAAAGCCUGCUGAAGAGCUAGCGUUCCAGAAUGAAGAUUGUUUGAGGACAAAACAGGGAAGCACUGCUGUGCAGACAUCAGUGAAUGGAUGCAUGGAGUGGGCAUCAAAGGAGCUUUUGGAUUUCGUUGCACAUAUGAAGGAUGGUGAUACUUCUGCUAUAUCUCAGUUUGAUGUGCAGGCACUUCUGCUUGACUAUAUAAAGAAAAAUAAUCUUCGAGAUCCUCGACAGAAGAGUCAAAUAAUUUGUGAUGUGAGACUCAAAAGCCUUUUUGGUAAGCCACGUGUUGGCCACAUAGAAAUGCUGAAGCUUCUCGAGUUUCACUAUCUAAUAAAGGAGGAUCCAGAGAAGAGUGCUUUUAUUCCAGCUGGAAUUGUUGGAACAGCGACUGGCCAUGUGGUACCUGAUGAUAGCAAUGCCAUCUCUUCAUCUAAAAAACGCAAAAGUCGUAAAAAUGGUGAAGGAAAAAUGGCCCAGAUUAAUCUUGAUGAAUAUGCUGCAAUUAAUGCUCACAAUAUAAAUUUCUUAUAUUUGCGGCGUGAUUUGAUGGAAAAUCUCGCUGAGGAUGUGGAGAAGUUCCAUGACAGAGUCAUUGGCUCAGUUGUCCGCAUAAGAAUACCUGGUAACGAUCAGAAGCAGGAAAUUUAUAGGCUUGUCCAUGUUGUAGGUACAUGUAAGUCAUCUGAACCAUAUAAGUUAAGAGAUAAGACAGUUGAUGUACUACUUGAAGUAUUGAACUUAGACAAGAAAGAAGCCUUAUCCAUUGAUUCUAUUUCAAAUCAAGAUUUCUGUGAGGAUGAAUGUAGAAGAUUACGCCAGAGUAUAAAAUGCGGGCUUGUGAAAAGGCCUACUGUAGGUGAGAUACAGAAGAAAGCUAUGGAACUCCGGGCAGUAAAACUCAAUGAUUCCCUGGAAGCAGAGAUAUUGCGGUUCAGUCAUCUUCGUGAUAGAGCAAGUGAGAAGGGGCACAAGAAAGAGCUCAGAGAAUGUAUAGAGAGGUUAGAGCUUCUGAAGACACCUAAGGAGCGCCAGCGGAGGCUACUGGAGAUUCCAGAAGUGCAUGCUGAUCCAAAGAUGGACCCGGAUUAUGCAUCUGAAGGAGAUGAUGGAGAAUACAAUGACAAGAGAAAAGUUAAAUAUCCAGCACCAAGAUGCACUCGGAUUGGUAGAAGGGAUGAAAAACUUCUGUCUUCAGGGAGUCUAGUUAAAGAAGAGGGAUCUAUCAUGGCUCGAUGUAGAAUGAGUGAGAAAAGAGAAGCUUGUGGAACUAAUAUCAUGGACAAGCAAGGAAAACAACUUAUUGUUGAACAGGCUGUGGAUAGGUCUGGAUCUGAAACUUCAAUUACUAGUCUCUCUACGGUGAACUCAUCAUCCGUUAACGGUAGUGAAACUGAAAAAUUGUGGCAUUACCGAGACCCUGCUAAACGAAUACAGGGACCAUUUUCCGUGAUGCAGUUGAGGAAAUGGAAUACAUCCGGGCUUUUUCCUCCUGAUAUGAGGAUAUGGACAAAUCAUGAGCAUGAAGACUCAAUACUUUUAACUAAUGCACUGAAGGGGCUUUUCCAUAAAGACUCUCAAGUGCAUGAUAAGACAUCAAGCCAGUCACGGGUACCAGCUGCCUCAGAUAGUAGAACUAGUGUUAGUUGGUCUGAGAGUGCUACUGGCGCUGGGGUAGAAUGUCGAAAAAGGGAGAUACCUGGGCACCUCCAUAAUAAUGCAAAUCACUGUUCAAAUGGUAACCCAGAGUUUACGAGGAUGAAUGGGUUGUCCCCUUCUUUUCCACAAUGCGUGGACUCGUUGAAGGGAAACAACUCUUGUUCUGACAAACCUCAAUUGUCGAGCGCCCCUUCAUCUAGUCAGCGGGAGGUGAUUUUAGCUCUUCCACGCCAAAGAGGACAUGAAAAUGAUAAUUGUCGUUCUGUGGCAGAUCAAGGAACUCAGAAUUCACGUAAAAGUACAUUGUGCUAUGGACAAUCUAACAGUCGGAAUUUAGGCCCGCCUUCUGAUCAGAACCCGGGAUCUUUUACCAGUAAUAAAUGUUCAAUUAACGUGGAUUUUGGAUCUAGUUUUGCUUCAGCUACCAAAUCAAGUGAUUCAUUUGAACAGAAAGGAAAAAUGAAUCUUCCAGACCUACCUAGUCCUACUCCAGAGACGAGCUAUGGUGACCUUGAAGCUCAGGCUGCUGAGAAACUGCUUUUGUUGAGUUCAGUUAUUCCUGGUUGUGGUUCAGAUAUUCAUGAUUUGCCAAGUCCUACACCUAUUUCAAACAGUGAAGCUCAAGGUGGGCAUGAAGCUGAAAAUAAAGAAUCUGGUCCGUCAAGUCUUCCUGACAGCGAAGCUCAAGGUGGGCAUGCAGCUGAAAAUAAAGAAUCUGGUCCGUCAAGUCUUCCUGACAGCGAAGCUCAAGGUGAGCAUGCAGCUGAAAAUAAAGAAUCUGGUCGGUCAAGUCUUCCUGACAGCGAAGCUCAAGGUGAGCAUGCAGCUGAAAAUAAAGAAUCUGGUCGGUCAAGUCUUCCUGACAGCGAAGCUCAAGGUGGGCAUGCAGCUGAAAAUAAAGAAUCUGGCCCGUCAAAUCUUCCUGACAGCGAAGCUCAAGUUGGGCAUGCAGCUGAUAAUAAAGAAUCUGGCCCGUCAAAUCUUCCUGACAGUGAAGCUCAAGGUGGGCAUGCAACUGAAAAUAAAGAAUCUGGUCCGUCAAGUCUUCCUGUUCAGGAAUCAGGCCAAAGGUGUAGUAGUGCUUCUAGUCCAGUGGUUGGUGAGGCCCAACUUCGUGUAAUAUCUGAUGAAUGGGGUAGAAGUUCACUGGGUGCGAAACCAUCUACUGAAGAAUGGGAUUCUGGUCUUGUCUCUGAUUCCUCACUGAAAUCGACUGACACUGUGGGUGAUCAUGUUGCCACACCUACUUCAAAUGCCGACCAACUUACUGCAAAACCACAAGAAUGGGAUUCUGGUCUUGUCUCCGUUUCCUCACUGAAACCAGCUGAAGCAGUGGGUGAUCAUGUUGCCACACCUACUUCAAAUGCCGACCAACUUACUGGAAAACCAUCUACUGAAGAAUGGGAUUCUGGUCUUGUCUCCGUUUCCUCACUGAAACCAGCUGAAGCAGUGGGUGAUCAUGUUGCGAUACCUACUUCAAAUGCCGGCGAACUUAAUCAUACUUCCCCAUCUCAUCCUGUGUCAAACUUUUUUGAUGAGCCUAUAGAGUUCAGUACUUUGGCUGAGGAAUCAGUAUCAGACCUUUUGGCUGAAGUUGAUGCUAUGGAAUCUCAAAAUCAUAAUGGUAUGGGUUCUCCUACUUCUGCCAUGAGAUGUGGUGAGGAGAUGAUACCUGGUUGCAAAACUGAUUGCUUUAGCCCGAUUGAGGAGCUGAGUCCUACACAUGAUCCUGUAAGAAGUGAUGCCUUGAGCUCCACCGGAGAUCUACAACUUCCUUGUCAAUCUACUGUGACGGAUGAAACAGUUGGUGCAUCUCGAGCUGAUGCUUUUGAUCCAUUAAGGAGGUCUGGUGGAAAUUCAUCUACGAGCAGUGAGGGAGAAACCAAGUCAGCUGAUGUUUUGUUUUCCCAGGGGGAUGUUGGUUCCAAUAUACCUGCACCUUGUACCACGAGUCAAGCUACUGCAUUUUCUGCUAUGGGUCGGAGUAUAGGAUUUGAAGGUAUGACCAGUGGCCGUGGAGCAGCACCUGGAAACCCAAGUUGGGGUGGACCAGUUCACGGGUAUGCAAAUGUUGGUUUUGGGAGCACCCCGGGGGCUGCAUGGGGAAAUUCACAUAUGAAUCGAGGUGCCCCUUUCACUGGGAAUCCGGUGUGGGAUAACCAGCGGAGGUAUGCAGGGGAAAGGUCUGGUGGUCCAAGAGACUGGGCUCUUCAAGGAGGAGAGUUGGGAUUUGGUAGGGGUAGGCCAUCAUGGAACAGACAGCAGCCAUAUGGCGGGGGAGGAUACUCUAGGCCUCCUCCCAAAGGCCAUCGAAUUUGUAAAUUUUAUGAGAGCGGGCGCUGCAAGAAGGGGGCGGCGUGUGACUAUCUACACCCGUGAAGGUGUAAAUUGAAGGCAAUUGCUUUCUUUUGUAUAAUGAGAAAUUCUUUUUUGAGCAAGAAAUUGACAUGUAGCUAAAAUGUUAUUCCUCUAACUUAACUGAAAAGUUUCAGUUAAAGAUGGCAGAUUGCAAUUUUUUCUUCCGGACCGGUAUGUUAAGUUGGUAUAGUUUAGUUGCAGACUAAAUACUAUAUGUCCUAUCCGUUUCAGUAAAGUUUAUCGAACUCAGAAGACAGCCAUAUGUAUAAGCUGCGGUAGUGAACUUAUACAUGCAUAAGCGAUAGAGUUAACGUGA